AACAAUCAACAGAUACUUGAGAGACUACCAGAGAGAAGGGGUGCGGUUCCUCUACCGCCAUUACAAGAACGAUGGUGGAGCCAUCCUGGGGGAUGACAUGGGUCUGGGUAAAACUGUCCAGGUGAUUGCAUUUAUUGCUGCCUUACUUGGCUUGACUGGAGGUAAAGAAGACUUGGAGAGAAGGUUACCAGAGUUUCUGCAAAAGGAGUCUCCACAGAAAUACAGCUCUAAAAAGCCAAAGACGUUUCUCAUCAUCUGCCCAAACUCUGUGCUCUAUAACUGGCUGGAUGAGUUUGAGACCUGGACACACUGCAUUGUAGCGAGAUACCAUGGAAAGGAAAGAGACGAUACGCUGAGGAGGGCUAUGAGAGGCAGACUGGAUGCAGUGCUGACAACGUAUGAAACAUACAGACUAUAUCAGGACGACCUGCUCACAGUCUCGUGGGAUGCUGUUUUCGUUGACGAAGUUCACAAAAUCAAGGAGCCUAGCGCCCUCAUCACCCAGGCGUUGAAGGACAUGAAUACAAACCGGAGGUAUGGUCUUACAGGCACCGCUCUACAGAACAAAAUGGGAGAGCUCUGGUGUGUAUUGGACUGGGCUAAUCCAGGCUGCUUGGGAGACUGGAGAGAAUUCAAACAGGACUAUGAGCAAGUCAUCACCGCAGGACAAAAAUAUAAUGCCAACAAGAGAGAAUUGGCUAAUGCUAGGCAAGUGGCCAAGAGGUUUGCAUCGAAGAGAUCACAGUGGAUGAUCAGAAGAACAAAAUCUAUCAUUGCUCACCAGCUGCCGUCUAAAGAUGAGAACGUAGUAUUCUGUACACUGAGCUCAUUUCAGCUAGACGUGUAUAGAGCUCUCCUAGAAUCCCAAGACAUGAAGCUUGUCCUUGAAAAGAAGAACCCCUGUGAUUGUGGAAGCGGUCGCAAGAGAGGGCACUGUUGCUACAAGGUUAACGAGCGCGGGGAGGGUAUCAAAUCAUUGACCUUUGGCCUCAUGAGUCUCUUGAUCAAAGUAUCCAAUCACAUCGCUCUUCUCAUGCCUGAUGUGUCCAAGUCCGAGAAGCAGAGGGAGAAGUCUCUGCGAUACUGUCAGAUAGCCUUUGCCAAGCAGCCUCAGUUCGUGGAGCUUAGCCGAGAGGCAAGGUUCGCCACGCUCUCGGAUCCAAUGUACUGUGGCAAAAUGCAGGUCCUGGAAAAACUACUGAAAGUUUUCAAGAGAGAAAAUAGCAAGGUCUUGCUGUUUUCAUGCUAUACUCAACUAUUGGAUAUUUUGGAGAUGUUCAUGAAGACUACCUCCUACACGUACCGAAGAUUGGACGGAAAGACUCCAGCUCACAACAGACAGAAGUUGGUCCAUGAAUUCAACAAGGAUCCUGAUAUCUUCAUCUUUCUCAUCUCCACAAAGGCUGGAGGUAUUGGUCUGAAUCUGACGGGUGCCAAUGUCGUCGUGAUCUUUGACCCCAACUGGAAUCCGACCUAUGACCUCCAGGCACAGGACAGGGCAUACCGCAUAGGUCAGCAUCGCGAUGUCAGGGUGUACAGGUUCGUCUCUAGGGGAUCGAUUGAGGAGAAUAUGUACCUUAGACAAGUCUAUAAACAGCAAAUAGCCAGUGUUGCCAUGACAACAGAGAAUGCCAAGCGAUACUUCACAGCGGUAGCCGGGGACAAGGACCAGCAGGGGGAGAUCUUUGGUCUCCAGAACCUCUUUGCUCUGAGAGUGGACGGGUCUUGUCUGACCAAAGAUGUAAUUCAGAGAGAAGAGAAGAUUGAGCUGGGCAUCUCCAUGGCCAAGUACAAGCCACAGACAUCGGUCGAGGAAGCACCAGAGGAUUCAUUAGAUGAGCUUCUCCAAGAGGACGAUGGUGGUGAUGAGGAGUCCAGAGAAGCCGGAGAAGAAGACGACGAGGAUGAUGAUAUCCAUGGAAUGGAUUCACAGUUACUAGAGGUCGAGGAUGAGGACGAGGAUGAGGAUGAGGAUGCUCGUAACCAUAGUAACGAUUCUGAGAUGCAGGAGGAAGACGAUAGGAGUUCUUCCAAGAAGACAUCUCCUUGGAAGUCCAGAGUGAGGUCAUCAUUCACAACGCCUCGCAGAAAAGGAAAUACAACCUGCUUCUAUGCUGAACUGUUUGCAUUUUCUUCAUUCCCUCUCUGUUAUCCUUUUGAAAACGCAUCGUUCAACAAUCAAGAUGAUCAUGAUGAUACUGAUGAUGAUGAUGUAGGAGAUGGACGGAGGGGCCAACCAAGAAAACUGGCUCGUGGAAAGGCAAUUCUUGGGAAGGAUGGUCAACCUGUUCAGAAGGUCAAAGGUCAGACAAGAAGACGGUCACACAGCCCCCACAGUGACCACAGGAGAUCAAGGACAAGUGCCAAGGAUGAUGAUAAUGAUGAUGAUGAUGAUGGUGAUGAUUAUCAUGAGGAUGAAGAUGGAGACGAGACAAGAGGAGAGAUGGAGAGAGCACAAAGAGGAAGGAAGGAGGAUGGAGGGAUGGUGAGAACACUGAGGAUUAAUCGAAUGGACAGUGGCAACAUCAAAACAGCAGAGGAUGUGUUUAAAAGGUGUGGUGUGGAGUAUGUGCAUUCAAAUCAGAAGGUUGUCGGAGGGAGUCGUUUUGAGGACCAUGUCAGCAAGGUGGCCCAGCAGGAUGUCGAGAUGGGCCAGUUCAGUCAGGAACCUGCCUACUGCCAAGUUCCCACACUAGACUUGGAAACCGUUACAAGCCACCGAAAGCCGAAUGCUGCUGGGAGGAGGAUGCAUGCUACUAGUCAUCGCUUGGGAGAUACAACUUUACUUGUUGGACAAACCCCUAUCGGUGUUAGAAGGGAUCAGUUCAAGGAUAUGGCGUCAGUACUAGCAGGCUUUAGCAGGCCCUCAGCUCUGGCAACUCACAUCCAAGGGCUUUCAGAUGAGGGCUGUCUCAAGCUUCUUCUAUCAUACAACAAAUCCAAGUAUGGCGUAGACUUCGAUGAGUUCAUUAAACUACCAACCCAACCCAGCAACAGUGCUAAGUCAUCAGGAAACACUGGAACUGGAAAAGAAAGAGGAGAGAAGUCAAAACCAACGUUGGCUGAGACUAGGGGUCGAGGUCGAGGGAAAGGUAGAAGGGAGAGUAGAGCGAAGAGGCGAGGGGUAGCACCUAUAGGUCGCAGGAAGGCUGCAGUUGGACUCGAGUUUGUAGGAACCUCGAGUGAUGAUAGUGCACACAUUGAUAGCGAUGACAUGGAAGGAACACUCCCAUCUGUAAAAAGGAGUAAUAGUAGAACAAAAUCUGGAAGGUUGGAAAGAGAGAUGGAGAAGGGAAGAAGGAAAAGAAGGAGUGGUGGUGGUAUGGUCAGUCAUGAAGUCUACCAGGAACUCUUCGAUGAUGACUCCUCGGAUGAAUGUGUCGCAGGUCAUGAAGAUGCUAAGAUCUACAGGACGGAUGCAGGGAACAGGCACAGUAGAGCCAUUGCUUCUGAAAAUUGCGGGAAAAAGAGCAAAGUGGUGAGAUCGACAGAUGAGCAAAAUAAAGAUGUAUACGAGAGAGUGGAAAUAACCCAGCAGGAAACCAUGCAGGAAGGAUCAAAGGAUGAUGCAUUGUCAACCGCACGUCCAAAGACAGAUGAAAGCAUGUCUUUCUUGGAUGAUAUAUUCCUCUCGGAUGCCCGGACACCCCGCAGAAGGCCACCUCCAAAGAAGCAUGUUGCCAGGCGAGACAAAUCCAUCACCAUGGCAACAAGCGAAUCCGACUCCAUAUUUGUUGCGGAGAGCAUAACAGAGGAAAGGUGUGAUCCUAACUCGAGGGUAUCUAAAGAGAAGGAUAGGGUUUUUGAAGAUAAUGCAACUGUGGGAUCAACCCUCUUCAACAGAUCUAGAGUUCCUUUCGAAACAGACGUCAUCAUGGAUACAGUAGUAGAUAAUGAUGAUGGGGAUUUGUGGAAGCGUAAUGAAACAUUCUUGCCUCAGCAAACAUAUUUUGAAGAAUCUGAAGAGAGCGAGGAUAGUGAAUCUCUGUUUGUGAGCAAUCCUAAAUUCAAGAGUGGGUCUGGAGCAAUCACAUGA